AUGAAAAUUCAUGUUGUGCUGUUGGUAGCGUUAUUGGUGGAAUGCCGACGGAUUUCUGAAAAAGAAAAUAAACUUCUGAAGGAAUUCUGUGGACGCCACAUUUCUUCAACAGAAGCCGAAAACGAAAGUCGAGGCAAUGCUAGAAGGAUUCAAGCAAGUGAAUAUCCAUGGCUGGCUAGAUUGGAACACGAUGACUUUUAU